AUGGCCCCCAAAGGAAGCGUAUUUCUGCUUGGCCCGGGCUUUAUCGGUCUCGAGAUCCUCGCCGAGCUGCUCAGAGAAGGCUACGAGGUCACGACGCUCGUCCGGAGGCCGGAGGCCGCGGCGGAGCUGAAGACCCGGGGAAGCAAGACCGUCCUGGGAAACCUGGACGACCACGACAUCAUCGCCGCCACGGCGGCCCGCUCCAACAUCGUCAUCCACACGGCGACGGCCGACCACCAGCCCUCCGCAGAGGCCGUCUUGGACGGGAUCGCGAAGCGCAAAGCCGCGGGGGAGAGCACCAUCUACAUCCAUACGAGCGGCUGCAGCGAGCUCACCGACAAGGCCGACGGCGCCUUCAAGAGCGACCAGAUCUACGAAGAUGACCGACCCGCGGAUAUCGACGCCAUCGACGACGCGGCGCCGCACCGCAUGGUCGACCUCGCAAUCCUCUCGCGACGCCGGGAGCUGGGCGCCGGGGCCAAGAUCUCCAUCGUCCUCCCGCCCGUCAUCUACGGCCUCGGCAAGGCGUCGGGCAAGCUGUCCAUCCAGAUCCCCACCAUGGCGCGCUUUGCCCGCAAGCACGGCUACGCGGGCUACGUGGGCAAGGGUCUCGCGGUCUGGGGCCAGGUGCACGUGACGGACCUCGCGCGCGGGUACCUGACCAUCCUGCACUGGAUGGAGGCGACGGAUGGCGAGCGGGUGCUCGAGAACCCCUACUGGUUCAUCGAGAACGGGGAGGAGCUCUCGUGGAAGGAGAUGGCGGCAGCCGUGGGGCAGGCGCUGGUUGCCGCGGGCGAGAUAGCCGAUGCGGCGCCGAGGGAGAUUCCCGCCGAGCUGUACGGGGAUCUGUUUGGGGAGUGGUCGAUGGCCGUGGUGGGCGAGAAUGCCCGGAAUCGCGCGAAUCGGCUGCGGGCGCUGGGGUGGAAGCCGCAGGAGAAGUCGACUUUUGAGUCGUUAAGGGACGACGAGAUCCCGGUGAUUAUGGCCGAAGACACUGCAGCGUACAAGGGCUACGCGAAGGCCGUGGCUUCUUGA